AUUGAGUGUAUCGUCUGUAGCUGUCAUUCGUAAACAAUGACAUCUAAGGAAUCACAAAUUAGUCCCGAAGAGCAACCCUUAGACGAGAAGAAAGUUAAACAAAAUGAAUUUAAAAAGAGAACAUUCUUCGAAAAACUGCGCUUCAUCAAAUCUAGCGUAACAGUUGAACCUAUCCUCGCAGGUCUUGUGAUACCUUCUAUGCUGGCAAGACUGGCAAUCCAAAAUCUAAAUCUAGACAAAGUGUGUAGAGUAAAACAGGCGUUUGGUGACGAAAUAUGUGAUGCGCUUCUAGUGAAAAAAGACAAUUUAAGCAGUUACGAAGCAGACGUCCAAAAAGUGAUCUCUUCUAUAGAAGCAUGGAAGAGCGUGAUACAAACCGCGCUGCCCACCAUCCUAGUCAUCUUUAUGGGGGCUUGGAGUGACAAAACGGGGAAUAGAAAGAUAUGCAUUCUCUUACCGCUAUUUGGCGAGUUUCUAGUUUGCGUAAGCAAUAUUAUUAGUACGUUCUUCUUCUACGAGAUUCCUGUUGAAGUGACAAUGUUUCUAGAAGCAUUCUUUCCAGCUAUUACUGGUGGAUGGGUGAUGGUUUAUCUAGGUGUAUUCAGUUACAUUAGUGAUAUAACGACUGCUGAAUCCAGAACAUUUCGUGUUGGUCUGGUCAAUCUCUGUUUGACAGCAGGUAUUCCAAUAGGAACAGCCUUGAGUGGUCUCCUAUUGAAUUUAUGGGGCUACUAUGGUAUCUUCACAAUAUCUGCGUGCAUCUAUUUGAUAACUUUUAUUUAUGGAUACUGCUACUUGGAGUCUAACACAAAGAAGAUUGUUGAGAAGGAAAAACCAUUCAAAUUCUCAAAUGUCUUUACCUUAGUGAAGGAGACCGCACAAGUUGCUUUUAAGAAAAGGGAAGGUAAUCUCAGGAAAAAGGUUAUCAUAACAUUGUCUAUUGUAGCUAUUGUCUACGGGCCUAACCAUGGCGAGACAAUAAUCACCUACAUGUUUGUGAGAUAUCGGCUGAAAUGGGAUGCUUUAAAAUUCAGUUUCUACUCCACUUAUAGCGUCAUCACACAUUCGCUAGGUGCACUUUUCUCGAUCAGUGUUUUCAGCAAACGAUGGGGUUUUCACGACAGUGUUCUAUGCCUGAUAUCUAUUGUUAGCAAAUUGGUCGGUUCUAUCUGCAUCUCGUUCGUUAGGACGGACUUUCAUAUGUUUAUGAUACCGAUCGUGGAAAUUCUUAAUGCAACAACCUUUACUUCGCUUAGGUCAAUGGCUUCUAAGUUGGUGCGAGACGAAGAAAUGGGUAAAAUGAAUUCUCUAUUCAGCUUAGUAGAGACGCUAGCUGCACUCCUCUUUGAUCCGACGUAUACUACGCUAUACGCACAUACAUUGACUAUAUAUACUGGGGCUGUAUAUAUGUACAGUGCAGUGUUGACUAUACCUGCCAUUGUCAUGUUAUUGUGGAUGUUUACAAAACAUCGAAGGGAGACGAGGGCUAAGCGUAGGGAAGGAGACGACCCGGAGAACUUACAAACGAAAUGAUUUGAUUUUUACAGCAAUAUCGUAGUUAUCGAAAAUAGCGGGUAGUGCAUUAAAUUUAUGAAAUUUAAUUCACAGUUUCAAGCUCUAUGGAUAAAAAUUUAAAGGGACAUAUUAUACAUGAAUUGGAAAGCCUAAAACCAAAGUGAACCCGUGAAAUAUCACUAUGAUGAAAAGCGAAACUUAGAUUUUGUGUGGCAAUGCGAGCCUUAGACUAUGACCCAGACUGAUACAACCAUACCCAUAAGGAGGUGAAAACAAUAGAAUCUGAUAAAGCAAUCAAUAAUUCGCGGUCAUAGUUCAAAAUAUCUUAUCUGACUUAGCUUUUAUUAUAUAUUAGUAUUGUCUUUGGUUAACAUAGCUUUUACACAUUAAAAGAAAACAAUUUUUUUACCGGAUUAAAGCUAUAUGUAUUAUUAUAAACUUAUAAUUAUUUUUUUUACAUUAGAAUUUUACAAAUAGCUUUAAUCCGGUUAAAAAAUUGUUUUCCUAUAUAUUAACAAAAAUCAUUCCCUAUCAAUUUUUAUCACAAAGCUUAUCCUGGCGGCGGGCCUAACACCAAACUUUAAGACUUGAAGAAGUCUAUACUAGUCCAACGAUAGGAACAACAUAACACAAAUGUGGAAUGGUUGUCAUUGUUCUGAUCAACUGGGAUUUCUACUGCCAAAUGCCUCUAUGCCUGAUGCGAGUGUAUAAUGCACAUGGAAAGUCUAUUAGUGCAGAACCUACUACCUCAGGGGUGAGAGUCGCACGAUGAAACCACUUGGACAAGACAGCUCACUAACACAGAUCAGGUACAUUCGUUUAAAUGGAUAAGGAGUUAGAAGAGAUAGUUUUAAUUGCUUACUUUGAGGCCUAGUGUAAAUUUGCAGUGAAUUAUGUAACUUUGAAUCGACAGCGUUCGUAAUAUUGUAAGCUGUAAAAGGUUCUAGAAUUUGACGACUGUUAAAAGAAUUAAUGUAAAUAUAAAAAACGAUUCUAUUUUAAAUAUUAAGUUAAUAUUAAUACAAAAGUACCUAUAUAAUAGAAUUAUAUUAUACAUUUAUUAAUAAUAAAGUAAUAUUUAGUUAUAAGUUAAAACGCGCGUUGAAACGUUAAGGAUAAAUCUUGAAAGUCAAGAGGAUCUAGAUACUCUGAGUAAAAAUAACUCAACCGGUAAUUGUAAUUGGUCAUGUAUGUCGUCUUAAUAGGCACUGACACAAACGGUUUCUGUUUUUUUACAUCAGUGACUUUAAAACGUGCUAGACAUAUAUUCGACUGAUGGAGCUAAUUUUUAUCAAUAUUCUGGAAUAUAAAGUUCAACUUUGACAUGUCGUACUAGAAAUAUUUUUUAAAUAUAUAAUUAUUAGUA